AUGGAGAGGGAUGGCUCUUUGGGUUGUAAUUGUCCAAAGUUUGAAAUGGAAGGAAUUUUGUGUUGUCACUCAUUGAAGGUUAUUAGAGACAUAUUGAAGAUGAAAGAGGUUCAUCCACAAUACAUUCUAAAAAGGUGGAUGAAACAAGCAAGAGCCGAAACUGUUAAGGACAUUACGGGGAAUGACAUUCAAGUAGAUGUGAAAUUCCAACAAGCCUCGCGGUAUAAGACAUUGAUGACCGCAUUUAGAGCAAUAACAUGUAGAGCUGCAGAAACUGAAGAAACUUAUGAGUUUUCUAUUGCACAGCUUGCUACAUUAGGUACAAAUGUUGAACGCAAGUUAAGUGCUCAUUUUGGUGUUGAAAAUGAAGUAAGUAAUGAUGAUGCAACCCAAAGCUUUGAAUUGGAUUGCGAAGAUCUGAAUCAUGUUGUGCAACCAAAAGGAAUGAAGAAAAAGGUGGCAACUAGUAAGGGAAAAAAGAGGGUAAAAGUUACACCUUCUCCAUUAUCUGUUGGAGGAGAUAUCUAUGUUCAUCAACAUGUUCCUCCUCUUCAACCACUUUCUCAUCUUCAUCCUGCUCCUCCAUCUGUGGCCAUGAGUGGAGGUGCUUGUGUUGAGUGA